UCUGCUUAAAAUUGGGAUAACAUUUAAUUGAAUACAAAAUACGUUAUAUAAUUACCACAAACUGUGUAAAGUCAGUCUUUAGCAAGUUAACUUUAAUUUUAUUUUUUGCCGUUUUCUUUUAAUUACUUUCAAUCUUAACAAAACGUCAGUUCUAUUUGAAUGUUGAAAGUUGAUUAUUUUAUUUAUUUAUUUUAUUCCGAUUUUUAUUUUAAACAUACGUAUUACAACCGCAAAAACAGGGACAAACAGUCAUUACGAGGGAGGAAAUCUUUGCAGGUUCCCUCAUAUUGCUGAAAGGGUAGACGGCGAUCUGCCCAUAUUUGGCUGUCAAAUGCACACCAUGUUGACAGAAAGCAGGAAGCGUAGGCGCAGCUGUGAAGGGGAGGAGAGUCAGGCCUUACCCCAGGCAAAAAGAUCAGGAGGUUAUACCUUUCUACCUGAACUUGGCCGUGAUGUCUGGGACUCUGAGUCUUCCAGCAGUGACAGCAGUGGGAUAAGCAGUCCAGAGCAGAUAAUAGGGGCCAGUUCCUCCAUUCAGACCACUGACCAAAGACGACUUCCUGUUUCCCAGGCUCCCUGCAGCCCUACCAUCCUCGCCCAACCAGAAGAUCCAGCCACCUCCUUGAGCCAAAACGGCGUCUCGUACCACAACAUCAACCGCAUCCUGAGAGAGGCCCAUUUUAAUAGCCUGCAAACUCGUGGUCAGCAGGGGCCGACGUGAUUGGGAGUGACCUGUGACAUGCAGUGGACCUGUGAGAGGGACAUUGGCACAAAUAGAUGCCCUCUAAAUACAUUUGUGUUCAGCACUUUUUUCAUGUUCAUAGUGUUUAUGUGGGACUCUACUUGAUCGUGUUGACCAUGAACGUCACAUAGGUGCUUUAUAAAAAAGUAAUAUCUCGAAUUCAUACAAGAUUAUACAAGCUCUGUCCCAUUUAUUCUACUAACUAGACCGUCACACAUGGUGCUGUUCAUGUUUUGCACUCUUUGGCCAGUUAAAUAAUUAUCUUAAGGCCUUUGAAAGCCGAAGGAAUGAAACUGAACCGUGUGGUUAUAUUCUCCACCCUGAAUAGUCGGUCAUUUUAGAAAGAUUACUAAUGCUGUUGGUGGGUGUUUACAGAGUAUCUGUAAUGUAACCAUGCUGGUUUGGUUCUCACUGGUAUUUUAGACCUUUCCAGGAAGUACGUGUGGCUUUAGAUUUCUUAAAUAACCAAAACUCAGGUCUAGAGGAUUGUCUACGUGCCAUGAAGUGGGGAUUUUGUUGUAGCUAUGGUUUGGACUUCAAACAAGCAACUUAGUGCCAGAUUUUUAGAAAGCCCUUAUAGCCUGUCUUUACUUGAACCUUCAAGAAAACCAAUAUCACACCGGAGAGAGAGGCAUUUGGACUAUUGGGCCAAAAUUUCAUGCAUAUUAGACUUAAGUCUGUUGAUGUGUGUAAUGAAGCUCUUUGAAUCAUGAUUUGGGUUAUGAUGUUACUAAAUGACAGCUACAGUGGAACUAAAAAAUAUUUGGACUUGGUACAGUAAAUCAUUGCAUUAGAUGAAAUCAUUGCUAAUCUGAUGUUAUUAUAAAUAUACAAUUUAAAAGUCUUAUGAAAUAUGCUGGUUUAGUCAGUUCUGUGUAACAUGAGGACUCAUCUUCUAUGGGCGCAACAUAAAAAUGACCUAAAAUUAGCCUGCACCCAACUAAGCUCUCCAUAGCACUCUUGACUUCAAAGUCCUAAGAAAUACUUGAUCAUUACACAUUUGUACAAACCAUUUGCUGUUUACGCAUUGUCUGACCAACAUAUACAAUGAAUUAUAUAAUUUCAGAAUGCUUAUAACAAACAAGCAUUGGGUCCCAUUCACUAAGCAUGCAUACAGACGUUUUAACUUACAAAUCAUGAUUCAACAAAAAUUUUCAUACUAAAAUGUAUUUUAAAUAUAUACAAAAGAACAACUCAGACCACAUGUAUGCAAUAAUCAUGAACAAGGAAAAAAAAUAUAUGUAUAUAUAACACAGAUAUAUAUUAUAGGGUUCUUUUCCUUGUUCAUGAUUAUUGUACACGUGUUGCAAACAUUUAAAGAUAGUUUUUGGUGAAAUACGAUUUGUAAGUUAAAACGUCCGAACGCACAUUUUACGAACAAAUUUGUGCGUAUGCAUGCUUAGUGAAUUAGACCAACUGGUCUUACUAAAAUAAAAUGCAGAUAUAUUUAGUCUUAACUUAAAGUUUCAGCAUAGGCAAGACAGGUUAGUUCAAGACGGUCUCAUCUGAGCCACAUGUCAGUGCACAAUACUGUUCAAUCCAGGCACUGUGUGAAAGUCUAUUAGCUUUAGAUGAUGCGAAUCAUCCAAGCGGUCAACAUUCUGUUUUGUAUGUAAUAUAUAGCUAGCAUAUAUACAAUAUUUGAAAUCAUUGUUAUUUUAUGAAACAUUGCUUUAAUGUAAAUGAUAAUAAAGAGUUUUCUUAAUA